AUGAUUCCGUCAGCUUCUCUGCUCGAAGACGAGCAUGAACACACGAGUAGUUCCGAGAGUUCGCACGUUCCCCGUCGCCCCGAAAUCCAAAGAGAUAUUUCUGGAGCGUCCACGAUCAGCACCAGCACCAUCCGCCCCCCGCGACCAUUGAGUCAGCUUUACGCAAAGGACUGGAAUGGGUUCCCUAUAUUUCCUGAUCAAUCAUACGCUGCCUUGCAACAUCAAGUGCACCCCACCCCCUACCCACGUCCCUACCUCAGAACUCACAGCUCGCAACCAUUUCAUCGGCCGUCUCACACCUCGUCAGCAUCUGCGAUUCUGCGUGGCAGUGAAGAUCUACUACACUCCAUAGAGACAGGUUCCAAGACUGUAGGCAAUUCGCCGAUCAGUAGCCCCAGUCUCUUCACGCCUGGUGGUUCUCCCAUGCGAAACGACUUCUCGGAAAUACAGGAAGGGUACCCCAGCCCUUUCCUUCAUUACACACAUCGCCAAACACCAAGAGAAACUCAUGUCGCCGAAAAGGAUGUCGACCCGAUCUCCGGUCGCAAGAUCAUCAACCACUACGAAAUCAUUGAUGAAUUGGGCCGUGGUGUGCACGGAAAGGUCAAGCUGGGCCGAGAUCUUGAAACGGACCAGAAUGUGGCCAUUAAGAUCGUAGAACGGUAUUCCAAAAGGAGACGACUGGGGAAAACCGGAAGCCACGAGGACAAAAUCAAACGAGAGAUCGCCAUCCUCAAGAAAGCUCGACACUCGAAUAUCGUCAGUCUGCUUGAGGUCAUCGACGAUCCGUCAUUUAAGAAGGUCUAUAUUGUCCUCGAACAUGUCGAGAUGGGUGAGAUCAAAUGGCGGACCGAAGGCGAGCCCGAAAUUACGUUAAUCGAGUAUCGACGUUACCAGCGGGAAUCACAGGGCCGGUUCGAAGACCAGGCGGCUUUAAUCGAAGACGAUCGCAUCAUCGAGGAAGCCUCCCGACGACGCGAGAGAGAGGAAAAACGUCGUUCUCAAGAGCAUGAACAUAUGAAGCACUCCUUGUCGGGUCCCGAUUUAUGGAGUAUCGAGCAUGGUGCAGAAUCAGAAGACGAGGCCAGCAGUGAUGGAGCGGGGUCCCGUAACCCUGUCGCUCCGCCGUCCCCGCUGGCGGGGGAACGGACUAUCACGGGUCCCCUCAGCCACGAUGGGGCGGACGCAGCUUAUGCCGAGAUCGAGGGCAAGCUUCAAAAUCAUCACCCAUCUUCUAGCGAAUUCAACGCGACUGGACUCGAAGGCACAAUGUACGGAGCCUAUGAAUCGAACUUCUCCGGCCGACGUACUCCCAGUUCGCUUAGCGGUGCCUCCUCGCCGGUGCUGGGGUUGGACGUUGGUCCUUACGUUCCCGAGCACUUCAAAUAUGUUCCCCUCAUGACUCUUCAGGCGACGCGAACCGCAUUCCGAGACACCGUACUGGGCCUGGAAUAUCUGCAUUACCAAGGAGUCAUCCAUCGGGAUAUCAAGCCGGCAAAUCUGCUCGAAACGAAAGAUCGGCGCAUCAAGAUUUCCGACUUUGGGGUCUCAUACUUAGGGCGUGAAGCGCGCCCGCCGGGCGAAGACCAAUCAGAAUCGGAUGCGCCUGAUGUGGAUGAAGCAAUCGAGCUCGCCAAAACCGUCGGAACCCCUGCUUUCUAUGCUCCGGAACUCUGCGAUACCGAUCUCGACACCGAACGUAAGCCCAUCACCGAGCAGAUCGAUGUCUGGGCCUUAGGCGUGACUCUCUAUUGCCUCGUGUACGGACGUGUUCCCUUUCACGACCACAAUGCCUUUGCUUUGAUGCGGAUGAUUGCCGAACAGGACGUUUACAUUCCCCGCAAGCGUCUCAAGGCAGUGGACGACCGAGCGGCUCGGGGCCUCCGACCGCUGAAUUCUGGCAAGCGAUUACCCCAUGAAUUCGAAUAUGAAGACAUCGAUGACGAACUCUACGAUCUCCUCCGCCGUCUCUUCAUCAAAGAUCCCACGCGCCGUAUCAAUCUGACCGAGGUGAAGCAUCAUCCGUGGAUCCUUGAAGGUAUCCAAGAUGCACCGGCGUGGUUAGACGAAACCGAUCCUUCGCGCCAAACGAAAGGCAAGCGAAUCGAAGUUUCCAAGGAGGAUGUUGCCGACGCCGUUGUCCCGCUCACAGUCGUGGAACGGAUGCGCAGCAUCGUCAGCAAGAUCGGGGGCGCCAUUGGCGUCAGUAUCAACCGAAGUGCGUCGUCUCGGCGACGAGCCAAGAGCUCAGCAAGUGGUUCGAAUGCCGAUGGUUGGCCUCCCUCGGCCACAUCAUCCAGCAGUACUAUUACCAGUGAUUAUCAACACGGGGAACCGAGCGUCGGGUUUAGCCGAACGGUCGCUGGCGGCUACCUAGAUCCUCCGGCUCUCCUUCGCGACACGUCGACUCCUACCAGCUCCGCUGCAGCGAGCCCCAUGUCCUCGCGCGCCCCCUCUGUCGCCUACAACGAAAUCUCCAAGCAAGGAUCGAGCAGUUCCCUUGCGAACGACCGGUUCCUGCCGCUGAGCUUCGACCCUGAGCCUCGACCGAGCAGCCGGCAAGCGCGGCAAGCGUCCGACGAACGUUUUGAUAAGGCCAAAGAAGACAUACUUCGACGGAAGGUGCAGAAAGAGAAUUAUGUCCGCGACCGGCCACCGUCAAGGGCUCAGGCCGAGGCUCUGAACGCGGCGAAUCCGGUUUGUCCUCCUAGUCCGGACGACCAUUUGUUCCUGAGGCAAAGCGCAGAGGGAACGGGGCCUGCGGUUGCAUUGGAUGGCGCAUCGCAACACACUGGUGCGGGUUCAUCGAGUCAUAUACCUUCCAGCUCGUCGGAAGACCAGUUCACUUCAGGCAUGUCCCAAUCGACCUCUCACCCAUCGAUGCCGUCCGUUGCGUCCGCCAAUUCGUCGGUGCCAGAAGAAGAAUAUACAGUCAAGGAAGUGAAGCAGAAUGUUGCGCCGGUUGUCCAAAUUUCUCCGAUGUCACCAAGCCUUGUCGUUCCCCAAUCGUCGGCUCCUCGAAACACUCAUGAGGAAGAUGACGGCUACGCACCGGACGACUAUACUGGGGACGAUGCGGUCGACUCUGACGACUCUGACGACUUCCUCGUCAUGAGUCGUAAUCACCGGAACAAACAAGGGCUUUCGCGAAGCCAGAGCGUGUCGAAUGCCGAAAUUGCCCGGCGGAGGACCCGACGAGCCACAACCAUUUCAUCCAUGAAAACCACGCGCAGUGGAAGCAACAACACCAUGAAGAAGAUCGAUCGACAAUCGGCGAUAGGCGAUGAGGCAGAGCGCCAGGAGGGGGAGCUCCAAGCAGAAGGGGGAAGUUAA